AUGCCUCUUAAGACAAUUAAACUUCACGUAAAUGACGCUCCCUGGGUGUCUGCUGAGUUUAAAGCUCCUAUUAAGUCGCGUCAAAAGGCAUAUGCACAUGGUGAUACAAAGCGUUUCAGACACCUUCGUAACAUCACUAAUCGUGAGCGGAAGCUGUGUCGCGGAAAGUUCUAUGCAACCAAAGUCGCCAACCUUAAGACCACCAAACCCAGCCAGUGGUGGAAUGAGGUCAAGAUGAUAGCGGGUAUGGCUCUCGCAACUGGUGGCGAAGUCAUAUGCUCGUAUCUUCACCCUGACGGGAUCGCGCUGCCCUCCAACCUAGACACUGCAAAUAUGAUCAAUACGGCUCUUCUUGAGCCAAUGCAUGAUUAUAGCCCGCUUGCGUGUUUUCCUCCAUUUUGA